AUGUCUGCGCCCGUGAUUCCUCCAGGUGGCACCUGGCUCGAUACCUUGAAGAAGUCGUUUGUUGACGUGCACGUGGACGCUGCUAACGACAAUGCUAUCCCCACGACUGACUUCCUCGACGCUGCAGAGUCUCUCACCACACUCUUUGAUGUCCUCGGCUCCGUCGCUUUCACCCCAGUGAAGAAUGACAUCCUUGGAAAUGUCAAGAAAAUCCGUGAGCGUCAACUCGCUGCUCCUGCGGAGUCAGAGACACUACAGGCUCUUGUCCUCAACGAGCUCAAGACAAAGAAACACACAGCUACAGAGGGUCUCCUGUGGCUUGUCCGUGGUCUUGACUUUACCGCCCAAGCUCUUCGUGACAACGUGGAUGCCCCUACCAAGGAAUUGUCCGAUUCGUUCCGCGCAGCAUACGGAGAUACACUGAAGCCGCACCACUCUUUCUUGGUGAAGCCUGUUUUCAAUGCCGCUCUGUCGGCCACCCCAUACCGCAAGGACUUCUAUGCCAAGCUUGGCGAUUAUUCCAAAGCAGAACCUGCUUUGAGGGACUGGGUUUCUGCUCUCCAGGCCCAGGUCAAGGUUUUGAAGGAGUUCCAAUCGCGAAAGGAGGCUCAGUGGAAGCCGAAACUUGUCACUGACUCUCAAAUCGAGAGUGCGUCGUUGCAUAACCCCCUAUUGAUCCAGCUACACGCCUACGUUUGGCCAUUUCUCAUUGCAUGGCCUAUCUUUUUCUCGAUCUACCUGUCUCCCGAGCUCUAUGAUACCUACAUUCAGGGACAAGAAUGGACUUGGGUCUAUUCAGGGUCGAUAAUAACUGUCCAAUCGCUUCUAUGGCUAAUGACAAAAUGGAGUGUGAAUCUCAACACUCUAUUCACGGCAACCCGAGCAAAGACUGUGGAAUCCGCCAAUUUGAUUAAGGUCAUUCCCGUUACCAACGCAGGCAGCGCCGAAAUCUGCAAACUGCAUCGUGACAAUACACGCGGCAAACAAACGAUCUCUUUUUUGUUUCAGAAGCGACGAUUUCUGUACUACCCGGAGCUUCAAACAUUUGCGCCUUUGUCCUACGUCCUAGAUGCAGAGCCAAAGCCAGCCAUUGAGACAUUCCAGAAAACCCGCGGAUUGCAAAGCCCUGCUGAAAUCGAACGUGUACAACAUCAUUAUGGCGACAACAGAUUCGAUAUCCCAGUGCCGACCUUUGUUGAAUUGUUCCAGGAACACGCGGUUGCGCCGUUUUUCGUUUUCCAGGUGUUCUGCGUUGGCCUGUGGAUGCUGGAUGAAUAUUGGUACUAUUCGCUUUUCACCCUUUUCAUGCUGGUUACUUUCGAGAGCACCGUUGUCUGGCAGCGUCAAAGGACGCUGACUGAGUUCCGCGGCAUGAGCAUCAAACCAUACGACAUCUGGGUAUUCAGAGAAAAUAAAUGGCAACAGAUCACUAGCGAUAAACUGCUGCCGGGCGACCUUGUAUCAGUCAAUCGCACAAAGGAAGACAGCGGGGUAGCUUGCGAUAUUUUGCUCAUCGAAGGUAGUGCAAUCGUGAAUGAGGCUAUGCUCUCCGGAGAAAGCACCCCUCUACUGAAGGACUCCGUUCAACUCCGACCGGGUGAGGAUCUCAUUGAGCCUGACGGACUCGAUAAAAAUUCAUUUGUUCACGGCGGAACAAAGGUGCUACAGGUCACCCACCCUAACUUGGGUGAUCUCUCUGAGAAAGCAGCCAGUGCCAGUUCAGGUGUCCCUGCUCCACCUGACAAUGGCGCAAUGGGAGUUGUUGUCAAGACUGGUUUCGAAACGAGUCAAGGAAGCCUUGUACGAACAAUGAUCUAUUCUACGGAGCGUGUCUCAGCGAAUAAUGCCGAAGCGCUAUUGUUUAUCCUGUUCCUUCUCAUCUUCGCCAUCGCUGCAGCAUGGUACGUGUGGCAGGAAGGAGUUCAGAAGGACCGAAAGCGAUCAAAGCUUAUGCUCGAUUGUGUUCUGAUCAUCACAAGCGUGGUUCCACCAGAGCUGCCCAUGGAGCUCAGCUUGGCGGUGAACACCAGUCUUGCUGCAUUGAGUAAAUUCGCCAUCUUCUGUACAGAGCCGUUCCGCAUCCCGUUCGCUGGACGGGUCGAUAUCGCAUGCUUUGACAAGACCGGAACUCUCACUGGAGAAGAUCUUCUCGUCGACGGCAUUGCAGGCUUGACACUGGGUCAUGAUGGAGCCAAGGUUGAAAAAGACGGCGCCCAUACUGAAUUGGUUGAAGUGACUCAGGUAGAAAGCAACACGACUUUGGUUCUUGCUACUGCGCAUGCCCUUGUGAAGCUCGAGGAGGGCGACAUUGUUGGUGAUCCGAUGGAAAAGGCUACCUUGUCGUCCCUAGGUUGGGUCUUGGGCAAGAAUGAUACCCUGGCUAAUAAAUCGGCGACGGGUCCCAAGGGACCAGAGUCCGUCCAAAUCAAGAGACGAUUUCAAUUUUCUUCUGCUCUGAAGCGACAAAGCUCCAUCGCGCAUGUUACCGCUACUGAUAAGGCCUCUGGAAAGAGACACAAGGCUACAUUCGUUGGUGUCAAGGGUGCCCCAGAGACAAUUCGCACUAUGCUCAUCAAUACCCCCCCACACUACGAAGAAACCUUUAAGUAUUUCACUAGGAACGGAGCUCGUGUGCUGGCACUUGCUUACAAGUAUCUGUCCACUGAUUCGGAUUUCGGCCAAGGUCGCAUCAAUAACUACUCACGUGAAGAAAUCGAGUCCGAGCUUAACUUUGCUGGUUUCCUUGUCCUUCAAUGCCCAUUGAAAGAUGAUGCCAUCAAAGCCGUUCGCAUGCUGAAUGAAAGCAGCCACCGUGUCGUGAUGAUUACUGGAGACAAUCCCUUGACUGCCGUGCAUGUUGCCCGCCAGGUCGAAAUUGUUGAUCGGGAGGUGUUGAUUCUUGACGCACCUGAGAAUGACAACACUGGAGAGAAACUUGUUUGGCGCAGCAUCGACGAUAAAUUCAACCUGGAUGUGGAUCCUUCGCAAUCUCUUGACCGCAAGAUUUUGGAAACCAAGGACAUUUGCGUCACGGGAUAUGCAUUAGCCAAAUUCAAGGGCCUUGCUUCUUUCUCUGAUCUCCUCCGUCAUACAUGGGUGUAUGCCCGAGUGUCCCCGAAACAGAAAGAAGACAUUCUUCUUGGAAUGAAGGCUGCUGGAUACACAACGCUCAUGUGUGGUGAUGGCACGAACGAUGUUGGCGCGCUUAAGCAGGCUCACGUUGGUGUUGCGCUUUUGAAUGGAAGUCAAGAGGAUCUCACCAAGAUCGCAGAGCAUGCCCGCAAUACUAAGAUGAAGGAGUUGUAUGAGAAACAGGUCCAAAUGAUGGCACGAUUUAACCAACCACCACCUCCGGUUCCUGUCCAUAUCGCUCAUCUGUAUCCUCCCGGCCCCGGCAAUCCGCAUUACCAGAAAGCCAUGGAGCGCGAAGCGCAAAGAAAGGGAGCUCCUGUACCAGGAUCUGCUGCAGAAUCUGUUGCUACAACACAUCCUUCGCAGCAGGCGUCUCAAGCGCUCUCGUCUGAGCAACAACGACAACAGCAAGUGCAAGCUGCGGCGGCAGGAUUGGCUGAUAAGCUAACGUCAUCAAUGAUGGAAGCCGAAUUGGAAGAUGAACCACCUACGUUGAAGCUGGGAGAUGCAUCGGUAGCUGCUCCGUUUACCAGUAAACUUGCCAAUGUUAUGGCAAUUCCGAACAUCCUCCGCCAAGGUCGUUGCACGCUCGUUGCCACCAUCCAGAUGUAUAAGAUUCUCGCAUUGAACUGUUUGAUUAGUGCAUACAGUUUAAGUGUCAUCUAUCUGGAUGGAAUCAAAUUCGGGGAUGGCCAAGUUACUAUUAGCGGUAUGCUAAUGAGCGUCUGUUUCUUAUCAAUCUCUCGUGCCAAGUCCGUUGAAGGUCUUUCUAAGGAACGACCUCAGCCGGGAAUCUUCAACGUAUACAUCAUUGGUUCCAUCCUUGGACAGUUUGCUAUCCACAUCGCCACCCUCGUUUAUCUAUCCAACUAUGUCUCUAAGGUUGAGCCUCCUAGUGGUGAUGUCGACCUAGAAGGAGAAUUUGAGCCGUCCCUGCUCAAUAGCGCCGUCUACCUCUUGCAGCUGAUCCAGCAGAUCUCAACCUUCUCAAUCAAUUACCAGGGCCGUCCCUUCCGGGAAUCCAUCCGCGAAAACCGCGCCAUGUACUGGGGUCUAGUGGGCGCUUCUGCAGUGGCCUUUUCGUGUGCGACCGAAUUCAUCCCCGAAAUCAACGAGAAGCUGCAACUGGUUCCGUUCUCCAACGAAUUCAAGGCUACUCUUACCAUGCUGAUGAUUCUCGAUUACGGUGGCUGCUGGAUCAUUGAGACCGGGCUGAAACAGCUUUUCAGCGACUUCCGUCCCAAGGAUAUCGCUGUCCGUCGUCCUGAUCAGCUAGAACGUGAGCAUCUGCGGAUCAAGCAAGCUGAAGCCGAGGUAGCUGCUGAGGCGGAGAAAGACCGAAAAGUCUGA